CACGUGACUAUCCAGUCUCAUCCAAUAGACACCCGGCCUCCCUCCUCCCCUGCUCCCGGGGGCUCGUUGCGUCAAGGCUGCGGCUGAAAUGUAACUGGAGGUUCGGCCGGUUACCGGGACUCUUUGCCUCGAGCAAGCACCGUCACUAAACGGUGCAGCAGAGCGCGUGCUAUGACAGUGCGCGUGACGGCACAUGAGAAUUACCUGAGCCGAGUGUGAGCAGGAGAGAGCUCAGAGGAAAAUCAAUGCGUAAACCUGCACAAACUCAUUCAGCAAAUGUAGCAGCCUUGCGCGCAGCAGCGGAUAAACUGAGAGGAACAGGCGACGAACGGAGACCAGACCGGGAACAGGAGCGCAUAUGACCGCCUCCCUGGUCCUAAACCCUCGCUGGCCAGGGGACACGGUUAUGUUUGUGUAUGACAACAACUUGGACGACCUGAACAAGAACAUGGAGGGGCUGGUGGGUAGCGGCAACUUCGCCGCUAGCCAGUGCCGCAACAUCAUGGCGCACUCCGCGGCUGCCGCUGCUCUGGGCGGUCAUCCGUCCAGCCUAGUGCACUCCUCUGCCGGGUACCCGACGGUGGAUGUGUCCGCUUCUAGUUCCAGUGAGUCAGGAACGUCUUCUGGUAAGCAAUGCACGGCUGGACCGUGUCCUGCGGCGGCCGUGCCGCACCAGAGCUCCUCUGCCGCCACCGCGUUACCGUACAGCUACUUUGGUAACGGGUACUAUCCGUGUAGGAUGGGGCGGGGUUCCCUGAAGUCUUGCACCCAGGCGGCUGGACCCGCGCUCAGUUCACAAUACAUGGACACCACGGUGAACUCCGACGAAUACUCGAACCACCGGGCCAAAGAGUUCGCCUUCUAUCACAGCUACCCGAGUCCCUACCAGUCCAUGGCCAGCUAUCUUGACGUGUCGGUGGUCCAGACGCUGGGCAGCGGAGAGCCGCGACAUGACACCCUGCUCCCCAUGGACAGCUACCAGCCCUGGGCUCUGACCAACGGCUGGGGGGGACAGAUGUAUUGCUCCAAGGAUCAAGGACAGGCCGGGCACCUCUGGAAGUCCGCUCUUGCAGAUGUGGUGGCUCAUCAGCACGAUGGCUCUCCUUUCCGCCGCGGCAGGAAGAAGAGGAUCCCCUACACCAAGCUGCAGCUGAAGGAGCUGGAGAAAGAAUACGGUGCUAACAAAUUCAUCACCAAGGACAAGAGGAGGAAGAUCUCCGCCGCCACCAACCUGUCGGAGCGACAGAUCACCAUCUGGUUCCAGAACCGGAGGGUGAAGGAGAAGAAGUUCGUGGCCAAAGUGAAGACCACUGCGCCGUAGCAUGAAGGCUCGCGCGCUCUGGACGGUUAAAUGAGUGAACUGGAUGUUUUCUGUGUGUUCUACAUGAAGAAUGGACUGAGAUAAAUCGUAUAAGAGGAAAAUAAAUAAACUCGAUGGUGCUCCUGGUGGACUAGGGCUGUGCGUAAAAGCGUGCGUUGACAAAUGGAAGAAAAAAACGAAUAAUGAAGGACAAAGAGGACAAAACAAGAAGAAAGAAGAGAACCAAAGCCCUCUCUCUGUAUAUACAGCACCUUCCUGCCUGCUUCGAUGUAACUGUCUGUCUCCUGUCUGUGGUUUAAUGUUUGUCCGUGUUGUCCGUGUUGUCAAAACACACUAUUAUGCUGUUCAUACUGUUUAUAACGCCUGUAAGCCAGUAAUCAAAGUAUAGUGCAUCACUUAAUAAAUACGUUUAAUCCUGA